CUAUUCACGUGAAUGGGACAAUUGUUUCUAUUUCUUCACGGACUUGAACAGGUUGCGCUGGAGGAAAAAAUUCGGGGUGAGAUAUGCGUAGCGGUUUCAUCAUUAACCACAGUCAGUGCAUUGAGUCUUGUGUUGUGUGCCGAUGGGGCCCAGUUUAGUGGUUAUCUGUUUUACGAAGUGAAAUUCGACCUCCCAAGUAGAAUUCUGAAGAAUGCCUUGGACGUCGAGGGAGGCAGCGAUGGAUUCAUGAGCUUCCUUGCGUGUUUACGUCGAUCGGCUGUUUGUCGGGUUCCUUUUCUUUCAUUUUUUUUUGUAGAGAAGAGGUAUAUUGCAGAAUUUCGAGGCAGCCAUGGCGGUGAUGGACAUGGUGCUUGCGCCGGAGCAGCAGCAGAAGAAGAAACCUACUCCGGGGCGAGGUGGUGUUGUGGCGACGCUCAAUGAAGAUGAAGCGCGGGUUCGUUGUAUUGCGGAGAUUGUGAGUGCGAUGGUGCAGGGGUGUCGGAAGGGGGAGAAUGUGGACCUGAAUGCGUUGAAGUCGGAGGCGUGCAGACGCUAUGGGCUCUCUCGCGCUCCGAAGCUGGUCGAGCUGAUUGCUGCGUUACCUGAGUCAGAGAGGGAGAUGGUGUUACCUAGGUUACGAGCCAAGCCAGUGAGAACUGCGUCAGGAAUUGCGGUGGUAGCUGUGAUGUCGAAGCCGCAUCGAUGCCCUCACAUCGCAACGACGGGAAACAUUUGUGUUUACUGCCCUGGAGGGCCGGACUCUGAUUUUGAAUACAGUACUCAAUCAUACACUGGUUACGAACCUACCAGCAUGCGAGCCAUCCGGGCGAGGUACAAUCCUUAUGUUCAAGCUCGAGGCCGAAUCGACCAGUUGAAGAGGCUAGGUCACAGUGUAGAUAAGGUAGAAUUUAUCUUGAUGGGAGGAACGUUUAUGUCUCUGCCUGCUGAUUACCGGGACUAUUUUAUUCGCAAUUUGCACGAUGCUUUGUCUGGGCACACCUCUCAUGACGUGGACGAAGCUGUACGGUAUUCAGAACAUGGAAAUGUCAAAUGCAUCGGCCUCACUAUUGAAACGAGACCUGAUUAUUGCCUUGGUCCCCAUUUACGUCAGAUGUUGACGUAUGGUUGCACCCGCCUAGAAAUUGGUGUUCAAAGCACCUACGAAGACGUGGCACGGGAUACUAACAGGGGACACACAGUUGCUGCCGUCGAGGACUGUUUCCGACUUGCUAAGGAUGCAGGUUUUAAGAUAGUUGCUCACAUGAUGCCAAAUCUUCCCAAUGUUGAUAUGGAGAGAGACAUGGAAAGCUUCAGAGAGUUUUUUGAAAACCCUGCAUUUCGCACUGAUGGUCUCAAGCUAUACCCCACGCUAGUUAUUCGAGGAACUGGCCUUUACGAGUUAUGGAAGACUGGACGGUACCGUAACUAUCCCCCAGAGCAACUAGUAGACUUGGUAGCACGAGUUUUGGCCCUGGUACCACCAUGGACUCGAGUGUAUCGAAUUCAAAGGGACAUUCCUAUGCCGCUUGUCACUUCCGGUGUGGAGAAAGGUAAUUUGCGGGAGUUGGCAUUGGCACGCAUGAACGAUCUAGGUUUGAAGUGUCGAGAUGUGCGGACUCGAGAGGCAGGAAUCCAGGACAUACAUCAUAAGAUCAAACCUGAGGAAGUGGAACUUGUCCGACGGGAUUAUGUUGCGAAUGAGGGUUGGGAAACAUUCCUGUCCUAUGAAGAUACUCACCAGGAUAUCUUGGUAGGACUGCUACGACUUCGUAAAUGUGGACGCAAUACCACUUGCCCUGAGCUUAUGGGCAGAUGCUCUGUAGUGCGAGAGCUACAUGUUUAUGGUACUGCCGUUCCUGUCCAUGGCCGAGAAAAUGAUAAGCUGCAACACCAGGGGUAUGGUACGUUGCUGAUGGAAGAAGCUGAGAGGAUCUCAUUGACAGAGCAUCGAUCUACAAAGUUGGCAGUUAUUUCUGGCGUUGGUACUCGCCACUACUACAGAAAGCUAGGGUAUGAGUUGGAGGGUCCAUACAUGGUCAAGUACCUAAAAAAAAACUAACUGGUAGGUCGGUUUUCUUUAAUGAUCUCAAAAUGUUCAAGUUGCUAUGUGGUUUAAGAGUGCCACUCGUGCAUCUUGGUUAUGUUUCAUCAGUAAAGGCCGAUGGGUUCAUAUUCGACUUUCA